AUGUCUACCGGAGCGCACCAGCGCGUCACCCGCUCUGCCUCCAAGGCACGCUCCACGGGAGCUGCGUCCACCGGUGCCGCCUCCGUCGGUGCCUCCAGCCGUGGACGCUCUCGCCGUGUCGGCUCUGCGGCGCCGUUGGCAGAAGAUGAUAAGCCGACCGUUGGCAGCCAAGUAACUCGUGCCUAUGGCACAGAGGGAAAGUCAGCGAGAGCACAGCUCUUGUCUGCUCAAAUUGGCGUGAACCAAGCCAUCAACCCAAUCGCCAACGCUGUUUCUAAAGCUCAAGCUCCGGAGUCUCCGACUGCCAACACUUCCCCUAGACUUCCAGCGCUUCCGGAGGAACCAGAGUCCAGCCGAGGGGUCAGCCAGCCCGUCGUCGAUCAUAUGUUCUCUACUAUCCAGCGUCGCUCUUCUUCUACUGAUAGCAACCAGAGCGGGCCGCCCGUGCAACCUUCUAUUGAUGGCAAUCAGAGCGAGCCGUCCGUGCAACAUUCUUUCGAUGACCAUCAGAGCGAGCCGCCCGCGCAACAAAGCUUCUUCUCUAGGUACUUCUGGGCUCCUCGUCGCGGCGGAUUCAACGCGGAAGGUCGCAAUCGCACAUCCAAUAUUAUCAUCGAAGACAGCAUCCAUAGUCGUGUCAACGAGCCGGACGAGCUACAUUUCAACGGGUUACCGCCCCAGCCACCAGCGUACCACUUCAUAUAUCCAUGGUCGCCGGCCGUGUUGGUGAGAGAUGUGUUGCUCGUUCUUAUCUUUCUGAUCGGACUCCUUUUCUGCUACGAAGUCAAACGCACUCCCAUGCUCGGACUUGGCAACGAAUCCGAACUCUCUCAAGACUUCCGUACGGCCUCCCCAAAAAUUCAAAUACUUCAUCACCGCGUCAGCAAGGUUGAACAGCGCGUGCAGGACCUCUCGUUCGAUUCUAUAUCUGUCGACGCUACUACGGCUAAGCACCAGGUCAACUGGUUUACUCCUGGUUUCGGUACCGGUAUCGACCUUUAUCUCUCCUCACCGACAGUCUCCGAAUGCGAUCCGACCUGGACUCCGGAUGGCUGGCCUUGGUCAUUGUUCAAAUCUCAGAAUUGUCCGCAGAUCUCACUCUCAGCACCGCAGUACGCAGCCCUCAGCCCAUGGAGUGAUCCUGUAGAUGAUGCCUGGUGCGCUCCACCAUCCAAUGGAAAGCUCCAACUCACCGUCGCAUUAUCGCGCACCAUCGCACCCACGGAACUCGUCGUUGAACACGCCGCUAUGGACGAAAUGCCGGUCGGUUUCAUGGGCAGUUCUCCAAGAGAAGUCGAAUUGUGGAUCCAUAUUCCCGAUGAUAGGACUCGCGCGGCCGUUCGCGAGGCUAUCACCAUCAUGGAUCCGUCUCUACUCGAAGACUCUUCGCCUCAAGGCAAGACCAUCGGCGACCAAGCUCUCCCGUUCGAUUUCGUCCCUGUUGGGCGUUGGGAGUACAACAUUUGGACCAAUCAACGCUUGCAGUCUUUCCUGGUACCUCUAUCCCUCGUCGAUUAUGGCGUGAGCACGAACAGAGUUGCGGUCCGGGUCAAUUCCAACUGGGGCAAUGUCAAGUAUACAUGCCUGAGUCGCCUGCGCCUUUACGGGGAAGACACCUCCGGUAGCACAGAGGGAUUGGAUGCAGCGCCUGUCGGAAUAGCUUUGUCGCGAUGA